CUGCGCCGGAAUCUCAGCCCGCCACUCCAUCUUUCAUCAACCCCAUGGCCACUCAACGCAACGCUGCCGUCAACACUCCGUUCAAGCCCGUUCCAAAGCUUGACCCCGCCCCGCGUGUACGUCCUUCCCGCAUGGCAAGCAAGCAAGCCAAAGAGGGCAUGUCGGCUCACAUCAAGGAAAUGAAGGAGAGGGACGAAGAGGAUGGACUUCGUAGCAGCGUCGAGGACAGCGAUGAGAGUGCUUUCCAAGCUGAUGACGACGACGAGUAUAUCUGAUCUGGCAGUGGUGAACGGUAUGAGGAGGG